UGCACCAUAACUAGAGGAGCAGACUUGGAAAUCCCGGGUGAAUUUAUUUGCAAUCCCUCAACUACUUUAUUCUUCUUAAAUCAUUUGAACUUCUAUUUGCAUGAUUAUGUUGACAACGCGUCGUUCCUUCGUGGUGCUUGUGACUUUUAUAAAACUGUCUUCGUUCCGUCACAUAGUGUUUGUCUGCACUGUGGUUGUUGUUUAUCCGUUUGUGUUUGGCUGAGUCUGAGCUCCGGUACCCUUGACAGGACAGAUGUUUACCGCUGCUGCCGCAUCAUUACGACCCUGCCUCUGACUCACCAUCACAUGCUGCCCGCUGCAACUUAUCCCCUGUUUUGUUUUUAUCUGACGUGCAAAAGCAGGGAGUCGCUGCCGGUGAUGGGAACUCGUUGGGACUCUUUGGCGCAUGAAGGAUUCUCAUGUUUCAUUUCCCCCCAAAGCACUCAGCUGCUGGUGUCUCUGAGACAGAAAGGAUGCAGGAGAUAACUUGUCUCAAAGUUAGAUUUUUCUUUAAGCAUUUUUAGAUAUGUCUGUGCUGUCUUUUUCUCUGCUGCAGCUGCUUUGAUUGGAAUACACCUCUCCAUGAAUUUCAGCUGUCGAUGUGUAACUUACAAAUAUCCAGCAUGUAAUCUUGUUUUAUAACUAGCCUACUCUUCUUUUGAACAAGUACUCAACAAUCACUGUUGGACCACUUUAGAGUGCGUGUUGCAGAUAAACUGGAUAAUUUGGAAUGAUCUAAAAUAGGCUCAUGUUUGAGUUAGACUCUGGAGAGGACUAUCUGUACCCUGGAGGAUCUCAGACGUUCUUUGUCCGUUCAGAAUUGUGACUUCAGCUUCAGCUUCAGUGGUUACACAAGGUAUUUUGCAAGGCGCGCAAGGGAUAUUGAUUUUACGCACGGCUGCCAACCUUUGCCAUUACCUCCGCAACUCAAACAUUGAUGAUGGGAGAAAAGGGCAGCGCCAAAAGGCUUGAGGAGUCCCAGACCCGGGGUGCCUUUAGCAGUCAGGGCCAGGCACGGCCCCGUGAAUAACCGCGCGGCGACAGCAUGCCCUCUUGGCCCAACCUCUCGGAGUGCCUCUCCCAUAACUGUAGCUGGGAAGAGAUCCAUAACGCCACAAGGAACGCUGACCCUGGCCUGCCUCCCCUCAAUUACUAUUCAAUCCCUCUCCUCACGGCCAUCACCAUCGCCUGCACGCUGCUGUUUCUGGUCGGGGUGGCCGGGAAUGUCAUGACAAUUUUGGUGGUCAGUAAGUACCGGGACAUGCGCACCACCACUAACCUGUAUCUGUGUAGCAUGGCCGUGUCCGACCUACUCAUCUUCCUCUGUAUGCCACUGGACCUCUAUCGUAUGUGGAGGUACAGGCCCUGGAGGUUUGGGGACGCGCUCUGCAAGCUCUUUCAGUUCGUGUCAGAGUCAUGCACCUACUCCACCAUCCUGAGCAUCACCGCGCUGUCAGUGGAGCGCUAUCUGGCGAUCUGUUUCCCGCUGCGUGCCAAGGCCCUCGUUACCAAAAGGCGGGUGCGUGCCCUCAUUCUUUUCCUCUGGACAGUGUCUCUAUUGAGCGCCGGGCCAGUGUUUGUCAUGGUGGGAGUGGAGCGUGACAGCAUGUGGCCGACAAAUCUCAGUUCGGGAAUGAAUGAGACUGGUUUCUACCUGGAGGCCGGGGACACUCGGGAGUGUAAGAUGACCCACUACGCGGUGGAGUCAGGCCUGAUGGGGGCCAUGGUGUGGUUGAGCUCUGUUUUCUUCUUCAUGCCGGUGUUCUGUCUCACAGUGCUCUACAGCCUCAUAGGCCGUCGUCUGUGGCAGAGACACAGAGAGACAAACAUAAACUCUCGUGUGGCCCACCGGGACAAAAGCAACAGACAGACCAUCAAGAUGCUUGUUGUGGUGGUGCUGGCCUUUGUCCUGUGCUGGCUGCCGUUCCAUGUGGGUCGCUACCUGCAGUUCCGCUCCCUGGACGCUCCGUCCCCGCUGCUGUCUGUGUUGUCCGAGUACUGCAGCUUGGUGUCCGUGGUUCUCUUCUACCUGAGCGCCGCCAUCAACCCAAUACUCUAUAACACCAUGUCCUGGAAGUACCGGGGCGCAGCGGCGCGCCUCUUCGGCCUGACUGACAGCCAGCCACAGCGAGGCCGCACAGCCAGCACCAUGAAGGGAGAUGGCUCAAACGGCUGGACGGAAUCCACAGUCAGCUUCUAAACGUGUAACCAUCAACAUUUCUGGACAGAAUUUGAAAAACGAUUAGUCAUAAGUUGAUAAUGCUGACCUAAAAGCCAUUAUUUCUGUCAGGACGGUGAAUAACUGUUCUGUACACGUGAGCCCGGCACUUGCCUUUAUUUGGCUGGGACUGAAAGAAACAGAGAAUGAGAAAAGAGCGAGCCACAAAAAGCUGCAAGCCUCUAUUCGCUUUUUCUCCAUGCAUCAAUAGAACUUCGAUUUCUCAGUUUCAUUUUCUUGUUGGAUUAUGUCAGCAAGUGCAAUCCACUAUUCAUACAACACACCCAGCAGCAUUUAAAAAGCGCGUCUGGUGGAGUGCAAAACACACACCAGUGUGAAGUGCUUGUAUUGAUCCAAAUGUGAACAACACACACAGCAGACACGUAUAAAUAUCUUAGACAUCUACAAUUGCCUUAUAUUGUAUUCAUAUUCUGGAUGACAAAGAAAGCACUGUAGAAUUUGUGGCACUUUCUCUGUACUCCUUCAGAGAGGAGCAGAGGUGCAGUGUGUGUGUGUGUGUGUGUGUGUGUGUGUGUGUGUGAUGAGAGAGAGAGAGAGAGAGAGAGAGAGAGAGAGAGAGAGAGAGAGAGAGAGAGAGUGAGUAUUUGCAUGUGUGUUUUGUGUGUCAUGGUUUUGGAUGAAAUUGAUGUAAUUUGUUGGAGAGAGUGUGAUGAUGUAAACGUAUGUUACUGUUAUUAUUUUAUUUGAUGUGCUGAAUGCCCUGUAUCUUGGAAAUCCAAGUCCAUGCUGUGCUGAUGCUGCCAAUGUGGUUGGUGUACAGUCCCUGAAAUGGAGAUAAAAAAUAUAACUGU